AUGAUAGCGCAUAUACGCUCCGCUCACUCGGAAGAACUCAACGAUACGAUAAUCGAAAGAUCAUCAAGUAAACCGCCGUCGUCGUAUUCUGCUGCAAAUGAUGCUUUCAUUUUGUUAGUGAAGAAUUUCUUCUCAUUUUGUGAUGAAUUCAUUUCAGAGCUAUCUGCACAUCCAAUGUUUUUUCCGAUUUGUGAAAAACAGAUGAGCCUCCAAGAGAAGAAAGAAGAUUCUAGUGUUAGUGAGAGUGACGAUGAUUCAGAAGAGGAGUGUGACUCUUCGGCGGAUGUGUCGAGUCUAACGUCAUAA